UCUAUUGCUCCUUUAUUAGUGCAGGUUAGGGUUCUGAAAUACGUUGAAUAUAGUGAGCUGGGCAAAUUAUUUGUGAUGACAAAUUGGGGCUCGCGUAUACCAUAUUAGGUUUUCUUACUUAAUUCAAUUCAUUUUGUUUUAUCUCAUCCCUAAAAUUAUUGGUUGGAUUAAUGAACAUCAAAUCUACGUAGAAGCAUGUGUAGGGAGAAGGAGUUCCUUAUCGCAAUCCUCUAUGCAGAAUUGGUGAUUCAUGAGAAAGACUUGAACCAACUUGACUGGGCAGGAAUUGUUCAAAAAUUGUAUCAUCAAACACGCAAACAAACUAGUGUAACGGAAGUGCAGACAUUGUACAAAAAAUUUAGAGAUGAGACAAAGCAAUUCAUGGAUCUGUUACAAGUUACUGGUUAUGAAUGGAACCCAAAUAACAACAAAGUAACUUGUAAGGAUGACCUGUGGGAACAUAUUAACUCCGUCCAUCGUGGUGAGAAGCACUUUAGAAACAAAGGCCUUUUACAUUAUAAUCUGUUAAGGGAUAUAUUCUGCAAUGAUUUUGGCACUGGUGAACAUGCCAAUUACAGUGUCAAUUCUGGAUAUCUUUCGGAAUCAGACGGAAGAGAAAGAGGAAGGCAGGAUGAUAAAGGAAAGAAAAGGAAGAAGCAGAGGGAGAAGUAUUGUGAAGAGGAAGGAAAAAUUGUAAAAUCUUCCCCAUAUUUUAAAAAAGUGCCCGACUAUGAGAAGACUGGAAGUAGUAAAUUCAUUGUAGCUAUUUCUGAUUUGUAUAUGAAGCCUAUCAAGAGUGAGUGCAUGGUUACUGUGGAAACACAUCAGAGGAGUAACAAAAGGAAAAGAAAGAGGAAUGCUAAAUGUGAUGAUGAUGAGAAAUCGGGAUAUGAUAUGAGGGAAAUGGAUGCCAAACCAGUCCUGAUUGGUCCUCCUGAUACAAAAUUGGAAGAUAUUAGUGUGAAGGAGAAUAAACAAUCUGGUUAUUUUGAUGAGGGAUGUACUACUGUUGCUUCCAUUACAGUUGUUCAUGGUGAUAAUGCAGUGGCUAAUAGUACUGAUAAUCUCUUUUCACAGUUUGCAUACAAAGGUGGAAACUUUAGUUCCGGUAAAAGGAGAACUGAAGAUGGGAAGAUUGCCCUCAAGUCACAUGUUUGUGGCCCUCUCUCUCGAAGGCUCAACACAAUGCAAAAGUCUUCAGAAUCUGGCUUUAUGAUUGGAAAUGUGAGUCAUUUAUCACAUCCAGAAGGAGGUUGCGGACCUAAAGCUGGUAAAACUGUGUUUGAACCUUGCCUAUCUCAGAAUCAGAUCAAUGAGAAGAUGAUUGGACAGAAAGCACGAGUGGUUUCCCCUUACUUUGUGAACUCAAGGAAUGGAGAAACUGAAAUGAAAAUAGGAAGGUCUGUAGAAUGUGUGACGAAAGGAAAUGGAAAAAGUGACAAAAAAUCACGAACCAAAGUUCGAGUGGUUUCCCCUUACUUUGCUAACUCAACAGUGGGAGAAGAAAUAAAGGUAGGGAAGGAUAGAUCAAACCCUUUGAAGAACUUUCUCAACGGAAGAAAGGUUUCUCCCUACUUUCAGAAUGCACAUCGUGAAAAGAAGAAGAGUAGAAAAGGUUCAAAAAGGCGGAAACCUUGUCUCUCUGCUUCCCAGAAAAGAGACGAGGCUUAUUUAAGGAGGAGUGAAGAUAACACAUGGGUACCUCCGCGAUCCCCAUUUAAUCUCCUCCAAGAAAACCAUGCUCAUGAUCCUUGGAGGGUGUUGGUUAUUUGCAUGCUUCUAAAUUGCACCACCGGCGUGCAGGUUAAGAGAGUGGUAGAAGAAUUUUUCACUCUGUGUCCAAAUGCUAUGGCUGCUACAGAGGUUGCUGUAGGGGAUAUUGAAAAGUUGAUACGGCCUUUAGGAUUAUAUACGAAGAGGUCACUGGCUAUUCCACGGCUCUCUCAAGAAUAUCUUGGAAAAACUUGGACUCAUGUCACACAGCUGCAUGGUAUUGGCAAGUAUGCAGCUGAUGCAUAUGCAAUAUUUUGUACGGGCAAGUGGGAUCAAGUACAUCCAAACGAUCAUAUGCUAACUAAAUACUGGGAAUUCCUGCAUGCAAAUGGCUCGGCCCGAGGAUGCAAUAUGUAUUUACCUGAAGAUGAUGCAUAGUUAGGGGGUAUAUUUGGGGGGGUCAGUUACAUUACAUAUUUUUGGUAGGUCUGGACUUUUUUGUGGUAUAUAGUACUUACCUAGGCAACUACUUAAUAUAUCAUCUCUGCAUAUGAGAGGUGCUAACUUCCUUUAUUUCAAUAGUGUUCCUUUUCUAUGGCUCAAUAUACUGAACAUCUAAUAAAUGCUCAACAUAAACACAAAUUUGACCCAGAAA